AUGUCAAACUUAUUUCAAUCCCUCAUACCUUCUCGUCAACCCAAUCCUACUUCUCAACCUCUCUAUCCACAUCUUCCUCAAAUAGCUCAGAGCGGUGCGAACUGGGUGAGUUCUCAUUUACCUCAUGGAGGGAUAUCAAGUGGGAAUGGAAUGUCUCAACCCUCGACAGGAGCUGCUCCUGGUCAAAUGGGACAGUAUGGGCAACCGAGUCAAGUUGAACAAACUAGUCAAAUGGGACAAGUCAGUCAAAUGGGACAACAAAACAUGUGGAAUAACAUCAAUCCUCAACAAAUGACUUCCAGUCAACAAUCUCAAUAUGGAGGAGGAUCAGGAUCAGGAACUUAUGGAGGUGUAUCCGGUGGUCAAGGAGGAAUGAUAACUACAACUACAACCGGUACUGGAACGGGAGGAAUGACAACAACGACAGGGAUGUCAUAUGGAGGUAUGAUACAAAGUGGAAAUACUACUAAUUCAGUAACGAAUUGGUCAACGUAUCAACAUUCAUCUUCUCAACUUAUCCCACAACCAUUAGAGAUCGUAGGUAAAGAUGAAGAUCCCGUUUAUGGACCUUUGAGUAGAGCUAGAGGUAAAGUUGAAAGAGCUUUGAAUGGGGAUAAUGAGAUAUCACCGGAUUUAGGGGAUUGUUUAGAUCGAAAUAAUCCUGAACCUUAUGUACCUCCACCUGGAGGAUCGAACGCUUUUAGACCGAUAAGAAUCACGAAGACUACGCCAUUACCGGAUGCUUUACAUCAAGAGUUGAAUUACAAACAUCUGACGGCGAAAAUGGGCUUGUUCGAAGAAUUGGAGAGAGCGUGGUUCACAGUGGACAACAAAUUAUUCUUAUGGAAUUACAAUGAUGGGCGAGACUUCAGUCGGUAUGACGAACAAAGCGAAACUAUCGAAGCUGUAGCUCUUGUCAAAGCUCGCAAAGACGUAUUCGUAGACGACAUCACUCACGUUCUCCUGAUCUGUACAUCAUCACGUGCUACACUCCUCGGACUAUCAAGAUCUCCUCAAGGCGAAUUGAGUCUAUACCAAACCAGUCUCACAGUGGACACACCAACUACUAUGGUCAGUAUACACGGUAGCGACUCUGGAAGGAUAUUCAUGCUUGGUCUCAAUAGAGAUUUGUACGAGUUGGAAUAUUCUGGAGAAGGGGGUUGGUUCUUUGGGAGUUCCACAAGGGUCAUUCUGCAUAACCGAACAAGUGGAGCGUUGAGUAACUGGGUACCGACGUUUUUAUCAUCGCAGAACCGAGAAGGUAUUCAAUCAUUCGUCAUAGACGCCCCGCAGAACAGACUAUUCACUCUCCAUACUACCGGAGUGAUAGAUCAGUAUGAUAUUUCGGGAAGCAACUUUAUACUCAAGAGCAAGUUCCUCACCCUCAAACGAGAUCUUCAAUCCAGGGGUACACCUCUGUCGAGUCGAAUCGUAGGCAUUUUCGUCGUUGGAAGCCACGAAUCACGUCGUGUGGGAUUAAUGGCUGUGGCGGACAAUGUCAUUGUCAAACGCUCGACCACGAAGCUGACAGGUUAUUUAGGGGUUCGGGUCUACUUCACAGUCUACCCUUCAGGAUUUGGGCCAGUGUUUUACCGUUUCCCACCUCAACAUCUCCAACUUCGUCUCGCCGACCAUUCUUUUUAUUCCUCUGGAACUUUCAUAGGUGUUCAACAUCCCACCUCCUCUCCUACCCCAGUUUCUCAACUCACUUUCUUCGUUCCAAAUCCAGGAAGACAAUCCUCCGGCCGGGAAAAUUUCGAAAAUUACGAACCUUCAGUGUUACAAGAAUGGCCUGUCCAAGAUGAAAUUUCAAGUCAAGUAUGGACGAUAGUCGAAGCUCAUUCUACCAAUCCUGCCUUUUCCCCACCUUCACUCCGUCGAACAGACGGUAUAGCCGUUUCACCUCUUCCAAGACAAUCUACUACAGAAGCCAGACAGUUCUUGAUCUUAGCUACCAGUGGUCUCUUCUGGGCAGUUCAACCGCGACCGGUGGACAUGCUCCAAUCCUCUUUGGAUUCUGAGAAAGACGCUGGGGUCAACAUUGCUCGUAUGACCUUUGGGAAGAAUCAAUUAGGAGCAAUGGGUAUAAUGUUAGGUUCUCAAGCGGAUUUAAAACAAUCUGACUUACAUUCCUCUGUCAAUAGUAUACUGCUUCAAGCUGGUCAACCUUUGAUUAAGGACGGUACAACUGGUCGAUCUAUCGUGUAUUCUUCACGACAUGAUGGAUUGGCUUUGAUAUUGGCUAGAUUUUUGAGACCCAUAUGGAAUCUCAGGGUCACAGUUUCGGUCAUGGGGAGACAGGUGUUGAAUGUUCCAGAAUCUCAAUUACUGGUGGUGCAAGGAAGAUUGGAUCAAUUACGGCGGUAUAUUGAAGAACAUCCGUUUCCGAGACAUCAAGCGGAGGGCGAUGCGAAAUUGGCUUGGGAUCAAGAAGAAUUGUCAUUGCAUGGAAUGGGAGUUUUGGUAAAGCAGGCUGUAGAGGCGAUAAGUUUCGUUUUGCUUUUGGCGGAUUAUAAAAUAUCCGAUGUCAUCGCGAGAUGUGACGCUCAACUCCAAUCAACCCUUCUCAAUCUCACAUACCAAGGUCUUUUGACAAGUUUGGACGGACGUGAAGUAGCCAGAAAAUUAGUCACUGCCUUGAUCGAACAACAAAUCGGUCAAGAACUCGGUAUUGAUAGUUUGAGUGAGAUCUUACAACAACGUUGUGGAACUUUCUGUCAACCUGGAGAUGUGGUUUUGUACAAGGCCGAAGAAAACAUUCGUAGGGCUGAAUCUUCCCGUGAUGUGCAAGAACGUUUCGAAGCACUCGUCGAAUCUCUCCGUUUAUUCAACAAAGCAGCUUCGUCAAUUCCUACUUCCAGAUUGAAAGAUAUAUCAGCACGGUAUCGCGCCAUGCAAUAUACUCCAGGAGCUGUUGAACUUCCUCUCAACUGUGCUGCUAAUGCUGAUCCUCAUGAUCGAGCGAGGGAAUAUGUGAGAGAUGGUAGACAUCCUGCUGAUCCGAGGAAAGCUAUGUAUGAUUUGAGGAUGGAAUGUUAUGGUUUGGUCGUUGCUGCUUUAGGAGCGUAUGAUGAGAUGUUGGAUGAGAGUACUGCGAGGGGGGAUGCUACCGGAGCGGCUUCAGCGGGACAGAAACGAAAUGAAGCUUAUGCCAUGGCUAUUGCGUCGGACGAUGAAUUGUUCCAUUUCUACUUGUACGACUGGCAUGUCGUUCGUGGGCUUCAUGAACAGUUGUUAGAGUUCGACACUCCUUAUAUCGAAGAAUACCUCAGAACCACCAGUAGUGAUCUUGAAGAUCGACGAGAUUUACUUUGGAAAUUCUACGCUAGAAGGGAAGAAUGGUUAUCAGCCGCUCACGCUUUACAUAAUCUCGCCACCAGACCUAGUCCAAUGUCACUCCAAACCCGUCUAGCAUAUCUAGCUCAAUCUCUUACUUCGGCAAAAUCAGCAGUAUCCCUAACUUCCCCCGACGUAGAAUUCAUAAACUCCUUAUCUGAUCUACUCGAAGUCACUCAAGUCCAACUUGAGAUCCUACACUCCAUCCAUUCUCUACCCAUUUCUACCGAUCCAAACGUACAAACCGCCUUAGACGAAUUGAACUCUUCUCUUUUGGGUUUGGACGAACUAUGGCAUAAAUACGCAGCGCCUUAUCGGUUAUUAGAAAGUUUAUUAGCUAUUUUAAAAGUUAGUGAUAAUAGGGUAGAUGAUGUUUGUGAAGCUGUUUGGAAUCAAUUGAUUGAAGGAUGUGAAGAACCUAAAGAUGUUAGUGUUUCUGAAAAGAUUAUUGAUUUAUGUAGAAGGUUUUAUCCUUCUGAAGCUGCUCCGUUGGAUAUCAUCCUCCCAAUCAUUUACUCUCAAUGCGCUUUGAUUUCCUCGGCGGAAGGAAUGGCUACUCUGGCUUUAUUAGAUGGUGGUAUACCCCUUCGAGAUAUCUGGGAAACUCUCCGAAUCCUCACCGAACAAGCUGAAGAUGAAAUAGCACACACUUACCUCGCUGAAGAGUCAUACCUUCUGCAGAAGUGGAAAGAUACGCUUCUGCUUAUUUGUUAA